AUGCAAACCUUAAAUUUUCUCACAUUUGUUGGUAAAUGUAUCGGCAUCAGAGCUGACUCGAACACAUCUGCAGAAAACGAAAUUGAGCAAGGUGGCAUGCGGUUCAAGUCGAUAGAGGUAUUGGCAGAUGACAAAGAGUUUCCACUCAACAUUAGAAAUGGCACGUGCUAUCGUGGUAAUCAAGAGUGGGGUUCCCCACGUCAAAUAGAUGGAGGCAAUAUGUCAAAUGAUACAGGAUCUGAUCUGAGAGCAUUUGUCCUGAACAUUAUUCGAAAUGACACUGUUAAUUAUACCACAAUUGAGUGGUCUGCAGGGAAUACAAGUUUGGCAAUAAAUAUUGGCUACACGUAA